UUGGAGCCUGUCACACAGCUGUAUGUCAGUGUGGAUGCCAGCACCAAGGAGAGCCUGAAGAGAAUUGAUAGACCCCUCUUCAAAGAUUUCUGGCAGAGAUUCCUGGACAGCUUAAAGGCCUUGUCUGAAAAGCAACAGCGCACGGUCUAUAGGCUGACAUUGGUGAAAGCUUGGAAUGUGGAUGAGCUCAAAGCCUACGCUGACCUGGUGUCCCUCGGAAAACCAGACUUCAUCGAGGUCAAGGGGGUGACGUACUGCGGCGACAGCUCGGCCAGCAGCCUCACCAUGGCCAACGUCCCCUGGCACGAGGAGGUCGUGCACUUUGUCCAGGAGCUGGCCCAGCUCCUCCCAGACUACGGCAUCGCCUGUGAGCACGAGCACUCCAACUGCCUCCUGAUAGCUCACAAAAAGUUCAAGAUCAAUGGUGACUGGUGCACGUGGAUCGACUACGAGCGCUUCCAGGAGCUGGUGAGGGCACACGUGGACAGUGGGGGCACACAGACCUUCACAGCCACAGACUACACAGCCAGGACUCCACACUGGGCGCUCUUUGGGUCCAACCAACGUGGCUUCGAUCCCUUGGACGUGAGAUACCAGCGGAGAGGCAAAGUGAGAGACGUCUCUGGGUGCUGAUGGCCGGGUGGGCAUUGCCCAUCUCCGGGCUGAGCGUUGGUCUCCAUUUCCAAACUUGUUCACGUAGACUUUCUGAAGUUUGAUAUUGAGGGGGGUAGAGCCUCUGUUGAACCCUGCCUUCCUGUUUUUAGAGUUUCUUGCUUAGAAAUAUUUAUAAUGCUCUUUAUCUCUGACGAAUGGUGCGUGUGUUGACUGGCAGAGCAGAAGGGGGUGGUGUGUGUGAGUCCUGCAGCUGGGUGAGCCCAGCCCGGCAGCUCGGAGCUCUGCAUCCAUAAGUGUGAGUGUGAAUGGGAUGUAACCCCUCCAGCAGUGUCUGUGCAGGUGAGGCUGCAGGCACACUGAGAUCAGAAGCCUUGCUGGAAGUACCAUUGUGCCAACAACAGCACAUUUAUCUGUUUUGAGCACUCAUACCGAUCACUGAGAAGCCCCAUCCGAUCCCCCAAAAGCUGAGGCUUUGGAAUGGUGUGAGUGACAGCAGCCCUAUCAAUUUUGUUUGCAACUUGUGAUACCUGUGCAAAUACUUUCCAGCGUUUUGGUUUUGGCAGCGUGUAUAUCCCAGCUGGUUGGAGUGGAAUCAUCUGCAGGCGGCCGCGUUGGGCUCAGUGCCCUCUCUCUCCCUGCACCAGUCAGCAGCAUGGGAGGACUUGGAAAAGGUAAAACUUUUAGAUUGAGAUAAAGGCAACUUAAUAGGACAGAAAUGGAAGGGAAAAUAGUGAUGAAAGAAUGUCCAAAAGUGGCAAAACACAGCACCAUACCAGCUACUAAGAAGAAAAUUACAUCUGUCACAGCCAAAACUAGGACACAGCACCACCAUUGGUUUGGAUGGUGGGCGUCAACCCAAUGUAAGUGCAAACUGACCCCAGUUGAGUUCCUUUGUGUCUAGAAACCAAAUCUUAUUACAGAGGGGCAACAUCCGGCCCGUUGUCCACUGUUCCAUCCCCAGAGGCUGCUGUCAGAGGCUCAUGCCUCAUGUUCUGUUGGAUGUUGUGGUCUGGCUGGAAAAUUGUAUUUAAACUGAGGGAAGGGAUGGUUUGCUGUUGGGAGAAUCACUGCCCUCAUGUGCCAUUCAAUUCAUGCAAUGUCCCUGCAGGCUGCAGCCCCAGCACUUCCACUGAUGGGAAGUAGUAGGGGCUCAAACCAAGCCCCAGAGGUGCCAGCAUCUCUCUGACCACACUGUCCAGGUCCAUAAGCACCUUCAGGCAGCCAUUUGUGGAGCUCAUGUGUUUUUGGUGGGAGCGUUCCCGAGGUGGUGACAGUUUGUAGAAGAACCUCAUUUGUUCAACUGUUUAAAAGUGAUUCUAAAAUAGAAAGAAAAUAAAAGAGUGAUUUCUCCUA